CUUGCCGGUUUAGCGGGGUGAAAGGUUGCGAAGAUGGCGACGGCCUUGAGCGAAGAGGAGCUGGACAAUGAAGACUAUUACUCGUUGCUGAACGUGCGCAGGGAGGCCUCUUCGGAAGAGCUGAAAGCCUCGUACCGGAGGCUGUGCAUGCUGUACCACCCUGACAAGCACAGAGACCCCGAGCUCAAGUCCCAAGCGGAGCGGCUGUUUAACCUUGUUCACCAGGCUUAUGAAGUGCUCAGCGACCCGCAGACCCGGGCCAUCUAUGACAUCUAUGGAAAGAGAGGACUGGAAAUGGAAGGAUGGGAGGUUGUGGAAAGGAGGAGGACUCCAGCCGAGAUCAGAGAGGAGUUUGAGCGGCUGCAGAGAGAGCGGGAAGAGAGGAGACUGCAGCAGCGAACCAAUCCCAAGGGGACCAUCAGCGUCGGCAUCGAUGCCACUGACCUCUUUGAUCGCUACGAGGAGGACUACGAAGAUGUGUCCGGAAGCAGCUUUCCACAGAUUGAAAUCAACAAGAUGCACAUAUCACAGUCCAUCGAGGCACCCUUGACAGCUACAGACACGGCCAUCCUGUCGGGAAGCCUCUCGACCCAGAACGGGAACGGAGGGGGCUCCAUCAACUUUGCGCUCAGACGGGUCACCUCCGCGAAGGGAUGGGGAGAGUUAGAAUUUGGAGCUGGGGACCUGCAGGGGCCUCUCUUUGGUCUAAAGCUGUUCCGCAAUCUCACACCAAGAUGCUUCGUGACGACCAACUGUGCUCUGCAGUUUUCGUCCCGUGGAGUCCGGCCCGGCCUCACCACUGUCCUGGCUCGGAACCUGGACAAGAAUACCGUGGGCUACCUGCAGUGGCGAUGGGGCAUCCAGUCGGCCAUGAACACGAGCAUCGUCCGGGACACCAAAACCAGCCACUUCACCAUGGCCGUGCAGCUGGGAAUCCCUCACUCCUUUGCACUGAUCAGCUACCAGCACAAGUUCCAGGAUGACGACCAGACUCGCGUGAAAGGGUCCCUUAAGGCAGGCUUCUUCGGGACGGUGGUGGAGUACGGGGCCGAGAGGAAAAUCUCCAGGCACAGCAUUCUCGGGGCCACUGUCAGCAUUGGGGUUCCCCAGGGAGUUUCUCUCAAAGUCAAGUUGAACAGGGCCAGUCAGACGUACUUCUUCCCCAUCCACCUGACGGACCAGCUGCUCCCCAGCGCCGUGUUCUACGCCACCGUGGGGCCCCUGGUGGUCUACUUUGCCAUGCACCGCCUGCUCAUCAAGCCAUACCUCCGGGCUCAGAAGGAGAGAGAACUGGAAAAGCACAGGGAAAGCACGGCCACCGACAUCCUGCAGAAGAAGCAAGAGGCAGAAGCGGCGGUACGGUUGAUGCAGGAAUCUGUCCGAAGGAUCAUUGAGGCAGAAGAAUCCAGAAUGGGCCUCAUCAUCGUCAACGCCUGGUAUGGGAAGUUUGUCAAUGACAAGAGCAAGAAGAGCGAGAAGGUGAAGGUGAUCGACGUGACGGUGCCCCUGCAGUGCCUGGUGAAGGACUCGAAGCUCAUCCUCACAGAGGCCUCCAAGGCUGGGCUGCCCGGGUUCUACGACCCCUGCGUGGGUGAAGAGAAGAACCUGAAGGUGCUUUACCAGUUCCGGGGAGUCCUGCAUCAGGUGAUGGCGCAGGACAGCGAGGCGCUCAGGAUACCAAAGCAGUCCCACAGGAUUGAUGCAGAUGGAUAAGCUCCUUGAGAAACCAGAUUAAAAGAGGCUGCAAACAAUCUUUUCCUGGGAGUCUACAAAUUUGAAGCAGACAUAAGAUACGUUUAUUUUAUAUUAUUCCUAUAGAAGGUGUCACAAAUCAAUUAUGUGAAGGGACAGAGACGGCCGCUCCCCUGGGUGCUGUAGGUCACAGCGCAGCAGCCCCACCGGGACCAGACCCCGGCACAGCUGGGUCUUUGUCCCCAAGGAUCCUGUCCCUGAGGCAGGGGCCCCGGUCCCCAGAUGCCUCGGGGUCCCUCCCCAGGGUCCUCAGCAUGUGCUGGCCACAGCCACCCUGCAGUUCCUGGUCUGUCCUGGGGUCCUUGUGGAACGCGCCGCCCGCACACGCAGGACUGGGAACUGCUUCCCCAGAGCCCUGCGCCACUCGAGGAAAGGAGGGGGAGCGGAGGUCUCCGGCCAAGUGAGCAUGUGUGGCAGCUUCCCGAAAACCGCCUUUCCCUGAUGAAAUAUGGAGAGGAGUGUGGGUUUAUAAAUCUGCUUUUUAUCUGAUAA